AUGGCAAUCGUUCCAGGCUCAUCUAAUCCAGAGCUUUUGUUUACAACAACACUCGAUCCUAUUCUUCUGCCGCCGGUCUGCGAAAAUAAAGUCCUCGAAGAUGGUGAUGACGGUGACGAUGACAUCUACCGUGGAGAACCGCCUUCGUCGUUGCGCUCGUCAAGCUCGAGUUCGAUAUCCUCGUCGACAUCGUCCGAACAUGCUGUUGGGCCUCUCGAGACGAUCGCUGCCGCAGUGGAAUUAGCAAUUUCCCGAUGGGCCAGGAGAGCCCGAGGGAACUCUUCAUCUCGCUCGAGCACAUCUUCCUCUUCCUCGUCGGCGAGUUCCUCUACUACCACGAGGACACGAUCCCGCCGGAGGAGGCGUCCAAGUAUCUCAACUCUGCGCACAAUGCAAUCUGAACGCAACAUCGCGGCCCGUAGAAAGGCUCUUGAAGAGUCGCGGCAGAUUCCCCGCAAUUUUGCGCUUUAUGUACCUCCCCAGGUGGCAGAGGCUGGGCGUCGGGCCCCGCCCAUUCCGCCGAGGGUAGUCACUGGGGACCGAAAUAAAGUCACAAAUGAAAGGAUAAUUUGGACAACUUCUUUACCUCUUGUACUAGGCAAGGUUGAGGCGGCGAUGAAGAGACCCAGUCGCCCACGUCGGCCACGAGGCCGAAGCCGUGGACCUUCGACGUGGUCAGACGGGUCUACGCCAGCGGAAUAUUUCGAGGGACAGGAGUUUGCUCAUACUUUCGCAACAUCGGGUGUUAAUUCUGCUACGUUCCGGAAAUUGAAAAAGGGCAAGCAGCGUGAUCCUCAUGCAUCAUUGAAGAGGGCAGAGCCUCCCACCGAAUGUGACCCUCUAUCUCUAGAUGCAACUCAUGUCUUACCCAAGGCAUGGUUUCUAGACGUAGCUUCACCGACGUGGGAAGAUCUACGUGCGUUAGGCAAGCUGCUUCAUCUACAUCCUCUCACAUUGGAGGAUAUUUUGCAGCAAGAGCCAAGGGAGAAGCUAGAGCUUUUUCCGAAACUCGGUUAUUAUUUCGUUUCGUUCAGGGCGAUUGAAAGCAAGGAAACAAGGGAUAAAAUUAGGCAGACAGCGUGGAAGAAUAGCGAUAAUGCUGAUGAUGUCGACGAUGAACCCAUCGGAGAAGCGAAUGUUUACCUGGCUGUCUUUAAAGAAGGAAUUUGCUGUUUUCAUUACACAGACAUAUCUGAACAUACCGAUCGCGUAAGAAAUCGAAUUGUUCUAUUAGAGGACGCGAUUAACAUGUCCUCAGACUGGAUUGCGCACGGCAUACUCGAUUCAAUAGUCGAUGCUUUCUUUCCGUUCUUGGCAGACAUAGAGAGGGAGGUUACGGACGUCGACGCCCUGGUCUAUUCGGGUCCAGAUCUAGUAGCGACUGUUAAAGUUGCUGACGCCCCUCUUCCCUUCAUUGUGGAAAAGCAAAUCGAGGAUACAUCUUUCAGUGAGAAAGCCCAGCGUAGCGAUGACCAUGUUAAUCUUACUCAGAAUGGACUCAACACCAUUGGGGUUGAGUUUAGCCAACCACGCUUCGUCCUUCCUCGUCCGUCGGUUUCGUUGGUCUUCAGACAGUUGAGACGCUUCAUGGUGACGACAGCAAGUUUGAUUUGGCGGAAGAAAAUGGGAUAUCGAGCAAACGCAACAACAACGACUUUGCGACGUAUGACGAGGACCCGAAGACUCGUUACGUCACUCAGCCGUUUACUAGCGACCAAAGCAGACGUCGUCACUCACAUCCAGAAGCGGCUGAUGAGAGCGGGUCACUCAGGACUUGGAAAUGGUACAAGCAAAGGGGAGGAGUUUGAAGUGGCAAUCUACAUGGGCGACGUACAAGAUCACAUUUUGACGUUGCAGCACUCACUUGUACAUAUCGAGCGAAUACUGAGCCAGUCACAUCUCUCGUAUCUCGUUCAGCUUCGUUCAACGGCGGCCACCACAAAAGGCGGACAAGACACAGCUGUGAUGACUUUGUCUGUCGUUACGUUAGGGGUUGUCUGUGUGCAGACUUUAAUUGGUGUUUGUUCUAUGAACGUUACACUUCCAGCAAAUCUACGUGAGCCAGGAGCUCCUUUCAACGUGUUCGGAGUUGUGAUCGCGAUGUCGUUCAUCAUUCUAAUUGUUUACAGCUGGCUAGUUCGUUGGUGGUGGAUUCAGGCAAGGGGACCACGUCAAGAUUUGCGCUGA